UCUUUCUCUCUGUGUUGUUCUGUUAUCACAAUCACAUAAUAAAAGUACUAAACAGUUUAUUUUCUGUCCAAACUCCUAAGCUAUCUAUCUAACCUUUUUCUUCUGUCUCUUCCUUUCUCCUACAACAUGCUUUCACCCAAUUCCUUUCAAUUUCUCAGAUCUUCCUUUUCCCUCUAACUUCUUCCAGAUGGUUCUGUUUCCUGGAAGAGUUUUGAAUCUUGUCGGUGAUGAAAUUUGGUAUGGAGGAUGGGAAGAAAGUGAAUAGCUUUCUAAAAAUGGAUCGGAGGGAAGGAGUGAAUGAUGGUUUUCCUAGACUUGGACCAAAUGAUUCGCUUCUCCCUGGUCUGAUCGAUGAUGUCGCGCUCAAUUGUCUCGCUUGGGUUAGUAGAUCCGAUUACGCGUCCCUUUCGUGUAUUAAUAAAAGGUAUAGUAAGCUGAUCAAUAGUGGUUAUUUAUAUGGAUUGAGGAAAGAAUUGGGAGUUGUGGAGCAUUUGGUUUAUUUGGUUUGUGAUCCGAGAGGGUGGGUUGCAUUUGACCCUAAGAUAAGUAGAUGGAUGGCAUUGCCUAAGAUACCGUGCGACGAGUGUUUUAACCACGCGGACAAGGAGUCGUUGGCUGUGGGAUGUGAACUGUUGGUUUUCGGUAGGGAAUUAAUGGAGUUUGCGAUUUGGAAGUAUAGCUUGGUUUGUCGCGGUUGGGUUAAGUGUCAAGAGAUGAACCAACCUCGCUGUUUGUUUGGAUCUAGUAGCCUUGGUUCAAUUGCUAUUGUGGCCGGCGGAAGUGAUAAAUAUGGAAAUGUUCUAAAGUCUGCUGAGUUGUAUGACUCUGCGUCAUGUACAUGGGAACUUUUACCGAACAUGCACACACCGCGUAGAUUGUGCUCUAGUUUUUUUAUGGACGGCAAAUUCUACGUUAUUGGUGGAAUGUCGAGCACAACCGUUUCGUUAACUUGCGGGGAGGAAUAUAAUCUUUCAACAAAAUGUUGGCGGAGAAUAGAAGGUAUGUAUCCAUACGUAAAUGUCGGUGCUCAAGCACCUCCACUCGUGGCGGUUGUGGAUAAUCAAUUGUACGCAGUUGAGCAUCUAACUAACAUGGUGAAGAAAUACGACAAGGAAAAGAACACUUGGGAAGUAUUGGGAAGGCUUCCCGUCCGCGCCGAUUCUUCAAACGGUUGGGGCCUUGCUUUCAAGGCUUGUGGAGAUAAACUUUUGGUUGUGGGUGGACAAAGAGGUCCAGAAGGUGAAGCUAUAGUACUGAAUUCAUGGUGUCCGAAGACCAGUGUUACGAACGGUACCAUAGAUUGGCAGGUACUCGGUAUGAAGGAGCACGUUGGCGUGUUCGUGUAUAAUUGUGCUGUUAUGGGUUGUUGAGAGAAUUGGAAAUAAUUUUAGAUUAACUCAACAGACUUUGCCAUGAAGGGUGCUUCGGGUGCUUCCGUAUUCCGCCGUCGCUUCAUUUACCGAGUUAAUUGUUGUUUGGGAUAGCUUCCCUACCUGAUAAUUUAGUGUCUUCUUUUUAACAUGGUUUAUUUGGAUGUAUUUCUUACUUUCUUCAUGGUCCAUAAUUUUAAAUUUCUUUUGAGAUUACUGGGUAGUCUUACACAGAAAUGUUCAUGUUUUAUUUUACUUAGCCAACUAUGUAAAACCAAUAAAUCAAGGAGAUUUCAUUGUUUAA